CCUUUCGACUACAAAAACCCAUCUCUCCCCCACCAUUUAUAGCGCAUCAGACUCUCUUUACCUUUCAUACCCUCUUUCACGCAUUUCGUCGAACACUUCCUAAAAAAAAAUAUUUCGCUUUCCCUAACAUGGCCAGACCACAACAACGAUAUCGAGGGGUCCGACAAAGGCACUGGGGCUCUUGGGUCUCUGAGAUACGCCACCCAUUGUUGAAGACUAGGAUUUGGCUUGGCACGUUUGAAACUGCCGACGAUGCUGCGCGAGCCUACGAUGAAGCAGCAAGGCUAAUGAGUGGACCAAGAGCAAGAACCAACUUCCCUUACAACCCUAAUGCAUCGCAAUCGUCGUCGUCAAAGCUACUCUCUGCGACAUUGACGGCAAAACUGCAUAAAUGCUAUAUGGCUUCACUUCAAAUGACCAAACAAUCUGUUUACGAGCAGCCAAAAAAGGCAGCAUCUUCACACGCUAUCACCAGCAAUGUCAUUGAUGUGAAGGGUAGUGAAAUGGGUGUACUGCCAUUGCCAGAUAUGAGAGCAAUGCCAGUUCAAGUGGAGAGUACUCAACAAUUCAAGCCACUUGAAGAGUAUCACAUUGAACAAAUGAUUGAAGAACUUCUUGAUUACGGUUCAAUUGAAUUAUGCGCUGCUGUCCCACCACAGGUUCUGUGAUGUCUCUGUUAAUGCAGACAAUUAUUUGCUAAUUUGACUCAUUUUUAUUCAGCAUUCAAGAGUACUAUUAGAAGUUUAGAACCCAAUUUAGGUCCUGAAACUAUGUUUUAAGUGACCAUAUUUGAUGUACAGUAGAUCAUGUUAUAUAUUAUAAUAUUAUGUGCUUCUCUGUUUCAA